CGCCAAGUUUCCUGAAAAACGAAAUAGAGGCGCGAAAAGUAGAACCGAGCCUCUUGCUCCUCACACGCCGCCGCUCGUCUUCUUCCCCCAAACCCUAGCACGGCGGCGGCUCAUGGCGGGGCAAUCGGACCCGCACCUCUCCCUCUUCUCGCCCUCCGAGGUGGAGUUCGUGGCGGAGGACGAGAUCGUGGAGAUCGUCCCCAACAUCCGCAUGGAGGCCCUCAACAUGAUCUGCGGUGAUUUCGGGCCCUUCUUCCCGCAGAUUGCUAGCAAGGUCCCACUCUGGCUUGCUGUGGCGCUCAAGAGGCGUGGCAAGUGCACCAUACGCCCACCCGAGUGGAUGACUGUUGAGCGCCUGACGCAGGUGUUGGAUGCAGAAAGAGAGUCACCUAGAGAAUUUCAGCCAUUACCAUUCCACUAUAUUGAGAUAUCUAAGCUUCUGUUUGAUCAUGCUCGUGAUGACAUCUCAGAUGCAUACUUGGUGAGAUCUUUGAUUGAGGACAUCAGAGAUGUCCGGUUCCAUAAGGUUGAGACUGGAUUGGAGACAAUCUCUGGCCGUACUCAUGCUGUGAAGCUAAAAAAUCUCUCUGCGAUGGAAGUGAAUAUUGUCCGUCCUUUCAUGGUGAGAACUUUGCAGGCAUUUUACAAGCAUGACAGCCCACAGAUGAUUCAGCAAGCAGAUAAUACAGGGAGCAGCAGAUCAACACCAGUCACAGACCGCGGUCCAAGAAGAGAUCUAAGACACAGAUAACAAGCAAGAUAUGCAUGUACCAGCCACUUGUAUUUGCAGAUGAUUUACUGCAUAUACAUGGAUUGCAGUAAAUUGGAGGUACUUGAUUUGCUGUAAUAUUCUGUAUGUUACUUGCUGAGAAGCCACUUAAGUUCCUGCAGUGUGGCUUCUGCUACUGUACUGGAUACUAAAGGCGCCAAGCUUAUCCGUUAGCCAUAAGGAUGUGCUAUGAGAAAUGAAUCGACUGUCACAGAAGAUCAUUCUCAUGUAUUUCAGGAUGAAUAGUGUUUAUGUUAUGUAUUUCACUAUUCCAGGCAUAAAGUAAAUCAGCUGACUCUCUUGUGUAUCUUGUUUAUAGCUGCUAAGUUUCUUAAAUAUUAAUUUCUUUUGGUGAUA